AUGUCCCAUUCCACCAACUUCCGUGGGACGACGUGCACCGGCUCGGCACGAUCGAGACAACGAGCAAAAGUAUCGAGCGAUCGAUCCCCACGAAUGUUAAGCUCCAGCUCGGACGAGGCGAUCGCAUGCCCUUUCCUCCUCGUUCCGACCGGCUUGGUAAGAGGCCAAGGGACCAUCGCUUUCGGCCGAUGUCGUCAUGACGCGAUCGGCUCGGCACCGCACGUCUUUGUCUCAUCAUCACGUGGCCGAUCGGCUCGGGCAAGCUAUGCGGAGCAUCGUCCGCCCUUGGGAACGACCGGCUUGGCACGCAUGCUUGCCUCCAUCUCGGUACGUGCGGAUUGUCGUUGGCUCGGGAAUGUACCGAUGACGAUACGGUUUUUCUGA